AUGUCAUCUCCCAACAAACUCAUUCGCUUGCUCAAGAAGAACUCACAUAGAGUCACCAAUUCCGGGAGCGCGCCUCAUCGUGCACUCAGCGACCACGACGUCCUAUGCGUGCUAUUCGAAAACAAUUGUGUUCAGAACCAGGGGAUUUUGACGAGUGCAGACCUCAGGAAUUGCGCCCUCGUCUGUCGUGCCUUCUCCGAGCCCGUGCUUCGUGCGAUGUGGCAGACGAUGCCAUCGCCAGCAGCCCUGUGGUGGCUUCUGGUGCCGGAAGACAAGCAGACUACUCCGUGGAUCCCAACCAAAGAUCUCUGUGAGAAGGCAAGCGACCUCGUUCUGAACGCAGAGCAGUGGCACGUACCUGGACGCUGGUCUCGAUUCCUGUGGUACGCAAGAUUCGUUCGUAAGCUUCAAAUCCCAGACUAUGAUCUCGAGGCGCCCAACCACGCUCGGCUUCUCCGUACUGUGCUGGAUGACAAUCACGGACACUCGGUCUUUCCCUCACUCCAAGUCUUGUGGUACUCGCCCACCGCGUACACGGACACUUCCUUCUACUCGCUCCUCACGCCGCGACUUCGAAAGCUACGUCUCAGUUACUCUCGUGCGCUUGACACGACACUCCCGUUGCGCCUGCCUCGCAACCCCGACUUCGAGGGCACCGUCAGCGAAAUACGACGCCUGGCACCAGGCUUAAAGCACCUACGAAUCGAGCCUUAUUGCAUGUCUUUCAAGCCAAGACUCAUUCGACAGAUUGCUACAUUCGAGCACCUCCGUGGAGUCAAGCUCAUGACUAGCAUUCCGUCGACGUCAUUCCGCAUCCUUGCUGCGAUCCCGGGUCUCGAGAAGCUGCAUGUGUCUCACUUUACCUGGAACGAGGCAUCCGAUCCUUGCCGAACUAUCUAUACGCCGAACUUGGUCUCAAUUCUUGUCUGCGGCGACAGCACUUCUUUGACGGAGCUGUUCAGAGUGUUACGCGCUCCGAUGCUCAAACACGCUAAUAUCUGUAUGGCAAGGGAAGAUGCUCCUGCCGUAGAGCCGGACAUCGUGGCAUGCCUGGAUACCUUCGUCCAAGCUAUCUCACCGAAACAGCUUCGUUCCCUAUCCCUCCACGUCGGAAGGCACGAGCCAGGUACUGGCAUUCCCCUGUUCGACUUCCUCUGCCCACUCUUCGCGCUUAGCAAACUGACACGCGUCGAGCUCUUGGGGACGAACCUCCCAACCAUCGUCGACGACCGUGACUUCGCGACUAUCGCGCUCGCUUGGCGUGAGCUCGAAGCGUUCGCCAUGCCGGCCAUGUCCUGGGAACGAGGCCAAGACACCCCGACGCCGGUCGCGCUCGACUACUUCCGCCGGUACUGUCCGCAUCUGCGCAGCUUGAAGCUCCCGUUCCUUGACCCUUGUGAGGAGUACAUCGACUAUCCCCCGCCACCCCCAGACGGCUCUUAUCAUGGAUUACACGAACUCGUGAUCGGAUCUGCAGCAUUCCGGGAGUGUGUGGAGGAUCUCGGGAUAUCUGAGGUGGAGGCGUUGGCAACCUACGUUCUCAAUCUCUUCCCCGAGGUGCAUGCUGGCUGCAAGCCGGAUUGGGAUCUCCGCUCGGAGCCGACUUGGGCAAGGGUGCUCUUGCGCGCUCGUGCUCUGCGCGAGGUUAGAGACCUUAACCGUGGAUACUGAUCGGGAGAAUCAUACGGCUCUCAACAGGAGCAUGUGUAUC